GGAGUGACGGCAGCGGCGGCGGCGCGGAAAGAUGGCGGAGGCGGCGGCGGCCGUGCCGCAGCACCGGUUUUUCUGCCACAGCUGCAAGGGCGAGGUCAGCCCCAAGCUGCCGGAGUUCACCUGCCCCCGCUGCGAGUCCGGCUUCAUCGAGGAGCUCACGGACGAUCCCAGUUUUUUUGAUGGGAAUUCCCUGGACGACAGCCCCUCCUCGCAGUUCGCAGAGCUCUGGGACCACCUGGACCGCGCCGUGUUCUUCCCGGAUUUCCGGCCCUUCCUGAGCCCCGCGGACGCCCGGGGCCGCGACGCCGAGCUCUGGGCUCCGGGGCGGCCGCCGCAGCGCCGGUACCGGGCCCAGCCCCGCGCCAGCUCCCGCCCGGAUCGCUCGCCCGCCGUCGAGGGGAUAAUCCAGCAGAUCUUUGCUGGGUUCUUUGCCAACUCGGCCGUUCCCGGCUCCCAACAUCCCUUUUCCUGGAGCGGGAUGCUGCACUCCAAUCCCGGCGAUUACGCCUGGGGACAGAGCGGCCUGGACGCCAUCGUCACGCAGCUCCUGGGCCAGCUGGAGAACACGGGGCCGCCGCCGGCGGACAAGGAGAGGAUCUCGUCGCUGCCCACGGUGCCGGUGACGCAGGAGCAAGUGG